UCCUCUGAGAGUUUGGCACCUCUUAUUUUGCAUUGCCAUCUUUUGAGAAACCUGAGCAUCCAUCUAGAGCUUCAGACCACACCGAUGGCCUGUGCUCCAGAUCCCAGCAAUAACAAGAACAGCUCAUCGAUUCUUCAUCAGCAAGUGCAGAAAAUCAGCAGGAUUCCUGUUUCAUGGGGAGCACACGCAUGGGGUAUAGGAAGAGAAGAUCCAAGGAGAGCUAUUCACGCUCUCAAGGUUGGGACAGCACUCACACUGGUCUCACUCCUAUACAUACUUGAACCGUUGUUCAAGGGAGUGGGAAAGAAUGCAAUGUGGGCUGUAAUGACAGUUGUUGUUGUGCUUGAAUUUACUGCAGGUGCAACUAUAUGCAAAGGGCUGAACAGAGGGUUAGGAACAAUCCUGGCAGGAUCGCUAGCAUUUAUAAUAGAAAUCGUAGCAGUGCGAUCUGGAAAAGUAUUCCGGGCUUUGUUUGUUGGCUCAUCAGUUUUUCUGAUAGGAUUUGCAGCAACAUAUUUGAGAUUCUUCCCAUCCAUUAAGAAGAACUAUGAUUAUGGGGUGGUGAUUUUUCUGCUAACUUUCAAUCUGAUUACCGUAUCAAGCUUUCGUCAAGAGGAUGUGAUGCCUUUGGCACGAGAUCGCUUAAGUACCAUUGCAAUAGGAUGUGCAAUAUGUCUAUUCAUGAGUCUCUUUGUAUUACCAAACUGGUCUGGAGAAGACCUCCACAGUUCUACGGUUCAUAAAUUUGAAGGAUUAGCAAGAUCAAUAGAAGCUUGUGUUACGGAGUAUUUCCAAGACCAAGACAAGGAUGAUAACAUUGUUGAUAAGCAGGCAUCAAGAGCUUCCAUUCAUAUUGGCUAUAGAGCAGUCCUUGACUCGAAAUCAAGUGAUGAGAACCUUGCACACUAUGCAAGCUGGGAACCAAGACAUUCAAUGCAAUGUUACAGUUACCCAUGGCAAAAGUAUGUGAAGCUCGGAUCUGUUCUUAGGCACUUUGCAUAUACUGUUGCAGCACUUCAUGGAUGUCUGGAAUCUGAGGUUCAGACUCCACCAUCCGUCAGGUCACUCUUCCGAAACCCAUGUACUAGAGUUGCACAAGAAGUGGUCAAGGUUUUACAAGAGCUUGCCAUAAGCAUAAGAGAUCAUCAUCGUUGUGCCCCUGAUGUGCUGUCUGAUCAUCUUCAUGAAGCACUGCAGGAUCUAAACUCAGCUAUAAGAUCACAGCCACGGCUCUUCCUAGGCUCCAAACACGCAUGUGCAAAUAAUCGUGUGCUAGUAGAAUUAAAUUCUAGCAAACCCACAGCCACAAGGGCCACUUUACCAUCAUUCAAGACUGACAACACAUCCCUAUCAGAAAGGAGGAAUACAAAAUCAGAUCAACCACCAGAACGGAAUGAGCGGACAUUACGGCCGACACUAAGUAAGAUAGCCAUGACAAGCCUCGAGUUCUCUGAAGCACUUCCAUUCGCAGCUUUUGCUUCAUUGUUGGUGGAAAUGGUAGUUCGUCUGGAGAUGGUUAUUGAAGAAGUUAAGGGACUGGAGAAGGCAGCAAAUUUUAGAGAGUUCACAGAACAUGACUAUCUGACCAUUGAUCUCACUUCCAGUGAGAAGAUGAGAAACCCGAACGGUAUACCAUUAAAUAACCACACAGUUUCCACUGCAGCUGAGUAAGUAUUGACUAAUAGAUCAAAAUUGGAAGACGAUCACACCAAGGCAGAUAUUUAUUUCUUUUUGGACUAGGAAAAUAUGAACUGUGACUCCCAAUAAGGCAAUAAUUGUUGUUAGAAUGAUAACUCAUCAAAACAAAAUACUAAACCUAUAUAAUGUAUUGGAGUUGGAUGGCGUCAAAAAUUUCAGCAGAAAGUACCCAUGUUUUUC